AUGAGUAACAAGGGAAAUGACAGCUGGUAUUCUCUCUCUAUCAGGCCUCUCUACCCGUCUGUGGAGGUGGAAGAGGAGUGUGUGCAGGAAGAUGAUGCUGAGCUCACACUCAGUAAAGUGGAGGAAGAAAUGACACAGGAGGAUGAGGAGUAUGAGGAAGAGGAUGGCCUUGAUUUAGACGCGUUGAAGACCAGAACCAAUCAGAGUGAACUCAGUGGAUCGAGGCCUGCGGUGGUUCUGGAGUCAGAUGUUGAUGCCGCUGAGUGGAAUUUGGAGAUGGAGCGAGUUCUUCCACACCUUAAAGUCACCAUUCGAACUGACAACAAGGAUUGGAGGAUUCAUCUUGAUCAAAUGCAUCAACAUCAAGACGGCAUCAACACAUCCUUGCAAGACGCCAAGGGUUGUCUGUUUAAGCUGAGGGAAGACAUCAGUAAAACACUGGAGAAAGUGAGCAGUCGUGAGAAAUAUCUUAACACUCAGCUUGAGCAUCUUAUUUCAGAAUACCGCCAGGCACAAGCACAGCUCAACAAGGUAAAGGAGCUUUAUCAGCAAGCCAGUGGUGGCGUCACAGAGAGAACCAGGAUUCUGGCUGAGAUCAGCGAGGAGCUAGAAAAAGUCAAACAGGAAAUGGAAGAGAAAGGCAGCAGCAUGUCUGAUGGAGCUCCAGUGGUGAAGAUCCGUCAGAGUUUGACCAAGCUGAAGCAGGAGAUUGAGCAGAUGGAUGUUUGGAUGGGAGUGGUGGAGCACACGUUACUACAAGCCAAACUCAGAGAGAAAAACAACAUGACCAGAGACAUGCAUGCGACACACCUCUUAGAGCCCAACACACAGCCUUACUGAGUCUCACACUCUGGUGAUGUUGUAUGUGUUGGUUACAUUUUAUAUAAAUAUUUUGUUUAAAUAAGUUUUUAAGUGUAAAUAGCUAAAUAUCUAGUAUUGAACAAUAAAAUAAAUAUUCUUACUAUUAGAACUUUUGCUCUCAAAGUUUGUAGAAGUUUUAACUUACGUAACUGUCUC